AUGAGCCAGCAAAACGCCCAGCGCCAGUUCCGUGGAGUGAAGAGCAUGCGGGAACUUGCGGAGGCGCCCGCGGUCACGGCCUUCCGGGCUCGAUUCGAGGCUGGUCGUUCAUUUGACCUGGACGAUGACAUGGAGUUCUGCCCAAACCUUCUGACCGAUGAAGAUUUGCACUCAAUUCACUCCGCCUCGUCUGAUCGUUCCUCGCUGUCCAGUGGAUCCCCUGAUACCUCGCCUCUUCAGCAUCAAAUCCAGCCUGUGCAGCAGGUGACUCCCGCCAUCUCUUUGUCUCCUGCUUCGGCGAGUGCGUUUGUCCACGGUGGUAUGGCUGCCAACCCUGGCCAUGUCAACUAUCACCAGCCCGCGGCCAACCGCACCCGCAAGGUCAUUCCCAUUGUCAACCCCAACACCGGCAUGACCAUGACUAGUCCUCCUUCGUCCAUCUCCCCCGCGAUGAUGCACAACGCUCAGCGCCGUUGGUAA